AUGGCAUGGCAUGACACGGCGCUGGGAAGGUCAGGGCUUGCCCGUAAGCCAAAUGAAGAGGUGGGUAUCCAAAUGAACAAGCAUGCUUGGUCUCGGAGUGUUGUAUAUGCAAAAAUUGAACGGCGACUCAAGCCUGAUUUGGGAUCUCUUGGGGCGUACGAGAAUCAAUUGAAUCAGGGGAAAGCCAGCAUGGGCGCAAAGGUGCUCGUAUUGGCGUAA